UUGCUUAAAUUCGUAAGGUUGUUUCUAGUCAAUGGUGAAAUGCAUUUUUGCCUUAGGAGAUUCCUAAAUAUUUGGGCGACAGAUUUGGGUGAAGUUUAGUAAAAACAGGCAUAAGUAGCUCAUAGAACGUUAUGCAUUGGAAUUAUUACCCUUUCCUUUUUUGCUAAGUGGCACAUAAAGAGUAGAGCUGUAAGAUUUCCAUGUUUGUGUGUUCGAAGACGCUAAUGUCAAGAAAUGCAGUCCAUUACGGUGUAAAUGUAAGAUAAUAAUUUUCAAUGAAACAUGUUUAUAUUUUAUAAAUCCAUACAAAAAUCAAAUUACACCGCCUGAGAUAAAACGAGAUAAACACAGAAAAGUCAACAGCAUCUUAUAUAAAUCGCUCACGGAUCAAAAUUCAUCAAUACAUUAUAAACAAACCAUUUGUUUUACAAACAUAACAUUGCAUCUUACGUCAUUAUAAAUAAAUUUCGUCCCAUUGUGUUGGUUUCAGUGGACUGUGAUGUGUUCAGUGGUGAUCAUGUCAGGGUAUAGGUUACAGUUUGUGGGGGCUUUGGUAUUUUUUGGUGAGCUAUGUGUUGCACUUAGAUUUUCUGGUCACUAAUAAGGUCUUGACUCUAGAAAAAUAUUAGAAAUUGUUUUUCUUUCUUAAAUAUAAGGGGGGGGGGGGGGGAAGCCGCCACAAUAUCAGUCGCAAGGCGAAGAGAUUUUUUUUUAUUUUUUUUUUUGGUGGAGCGAGGAAAAUUUUAGCGGGAAGAAAAAAUCACGAACGAAAAUUUUGAAACGUUAUUAUUUUAUUUAAAAUUACCUUGAAGAUUAUAUGUCAAUUUUUAUAUUAAAAAAUAUCCAAAAUUGGGUGUCUUUGGAGUCGUAUAAGCGUUUCAAAAAUAUACGAAUGUCAGAGUAGGCCUUCUGAAAUCUGGGCUCGAACCAACGACCCCUUGCUAAAUCUGUUACAAGUAUUUUCCAAAUAAAUAUUAACAUAGCAUAGCGAUAAUAUUUUUUUUUAAUUUUUAUAAUAAUAAUACAAUCGAAAUUCUUGAAAUUGAGUUGGAAUUGAGAAAAUUCAUUUAGACGUUUUUUAUAAUCUACUUAUUCAAUAAAAUUCGAGAACUAAGAAUUUUUAAGUAUUUUAUAUUAAUAUAUUACGUAGGUAUUUUAAAAAUGUAUAUCCAUAUUUAUUUAUUUUCAGAAUUAGUUGCAUCAAAUAUGUACAAGGAACCACUUUGGAAUUACGACAAUGAAUCUAAAUGGCCCGGACUGAAAUGUAAGGAAGGCGGGAAGAGGCAGUCGCCCAUCGAUAUCCGGACAUCAGACGUGGUCAAGGACUACACGAAGAAGUUCAUCAAGUACGGCUCCCUAAAGCUCAACGGGUACCACAGGGCGUUGGUCUCCGGCAUUAAUAACGGACAUACAGUGCAGUUCAGCUCGGAAGGCGAGGAAGCCAUCCACCCGACAGUGACCGGUGGUCCUCUACAACAUCUUUACAGACUCGAGCAGCUACACUUCCACUGGUUAUCUGAACAUUCAGUCAAUGGGAACAAGUAUCCAAUGGAAAUUCACUUCGUACACGUUAGAGCAGACCUUACGGUGGGAGACGCGCUGGUCAGCAAGGAUGGACUGGCUAUACUCUCCGUCUUUUGUAAUGUGAGCUAUAUGAGCUUAUUUAAUACCUUUCUUAUAUACCUACUUGUCGUACAGGGAUAGAGUAGAACUUUGCCAACACAAAGCUUUAAGCAGGUGCCACGCC